AUGGAAGAAAUUUUCAUUGGUUAUAAGUUUCAUCCAACCGACAGUGAGUUAAUUCAGUAUCUUAUGUGCAAGGCGAAGGAAGAAGCCCUGCCAUGGGAGGGUGUUGUGAAGGACUGUGACAUUUACGGCAUGGAGCCCUUGGAGCUUUUCGAGGGUUCGGAAGAAAAAGUUCUUUAUUUUUUCACCAAGUUGAAGAAGAAGCACAGAAACGGUUCGAGGAUCGAUCGUGUGACGACGACGAUGGGUACAUGGAAGGGACAAGACAAGGCUAAACCUAUAAAAUAUGUCAAUGGUACUACUGGUACCCGGGAAGAAGAUGAUCAAGAACAGCUUCUUUGA